AUUAUACAUCUGACACAGUGCAUGUUGAUGCAUGCGUAAACUUAUGUGUCUGACAACUGUAGGAAACACUUUGCACACACGAAUAAAAUAAUAGUAAGAAAAUCGAUGGAUAUCUAACUAUAAAGGGGUGCACUGAUCCAUGUACGUUGCUAUUGAUAUACAAAGCUAGGCGAAAUUUAGAAGGGCGAAACUUCUUAUCUCAUUUCUCGCGGUGAGUCACGCCUACGAAACUGUUGUCAUCAAAAUCUGGAUGUUUGUAUUGACAGAAAACGUGCUAUAUCGAUCACAGGUAUCAUAUGUGUACUGAUUAACAUACAAGGUAGACGUUGUUUAGUCUGGAUAUUGUAGGAUUUCAAUUUAGUCUGUUUCCAUAAUGGAUCUGGCAGCAUCUAACGACGCAUACUACAACACUAGUUUUAUAGUCAACCCUGGUGACGGUAGAGAUUCAGUAACUGUACGGACUGCUAACCUCGUGUUUCUGAUUAGUACAGUUUUCUGGUUUUGUAUGAGCGCUGUAGUAACGAAAUUGGGCAAACCUAAGUUCGUAAAAUCAGACGUUAAAUUCUAUAAAUGGCGUAAUAUCUUCAUAUCAUGGGUCCAUGGUGUAUUAGGAGGAACAUGGAACUUUUUAUGUGUUUUAUGGUAUCCUGGCCUAUUGGAAGAUCCAGUGUUCUAUCUGAAUAAUUUUAUAUACCUCAUGAUCCCGUUUUCGAUGGGCUAUUUUCUGUAUGAUGUCAUAGAUAAUAUGAUGAAUGGAACACUUCUAACUAACUGGGAAGUUACUUUGCAUCAUGUAUUGGUCUUAAUUGGUUUCACAUACAACUGGACAGCGAAAGUGUGUCUUGGAUACAGCAUUUUAGCAUUGAUGGCUGAAAUUAACAGCAUAUUUCUUCAUUUUCGGAAAAUGCUGCAGUUUUCUACCGUUGGAUAUGAGACAAAAAUUUACAGAACUACAUCUUUGUUGAAUCUGAUUUCAUUUAUAUUGUGUCGUCUGCUUCCGCAGUGUCGUAUACUAAAUGGUUUCUACAUAGAUGGCCAUAAACUUCCACGAAUGUAUAUGGUAACAUUGAGCAUAAUAUUUCCUCCAGGAUUUAUAAUCAAUGUGAUUCUAUUCUGGAGAAUAUUCAAAUCGGAUGUUCUGAGAUCCUUAAAGGCUGAUAAAACGGUAAUACCUAUCAAAUCAAACAGUAAAAAAGAAGAUUGAGUUGAUGAGUGAAAAUGAUCGAAAUCAUUUAAAACAGAAAUAUUAUUAUUUGACAAGUGUUUUUCAUCUUUGAACCCGAGUGUUUCAUUUUCAUUUGAAAUCGUGUUUAAUUUACAUCAUUCUUAAAGGGAUAUGUAAUGUUAUCUAAACCAGGAACUUUCUAUACUAAGUAUAGAAAAAUGUCCCCGUCUAAACACGGUAGUGUAUUGUGCACAGAUUACUACAAUCCUAUGAGUAUUAUACAUCUGUAAAACUAAACACUAUAGCCAAAAUCUGUAAUACGACAGUCUUCGAAUACAACCCUUAGCUACGCUCUUGAAGGAACACAUUAACCGUGCUUUCGCAAACUGAAUUCAAUAUGCAUGCCGAAGUUUAUAUGAUUUAUAUAAUGCGAAAAUUGAUGUAUCAUUUAAAGACACGCUUGAGUUGUUGUUACUUUUACAGAUUCGCUUCAAUUUUGGUGUACCUUUUACAGACACGCUAUGCCUUAAUUGUUUGAUGACUGAAGCAAAGUUUUUAUAUUCUAUUUUUAUUUGAUUUUAGUAAACUUUUAAAAGUAUUUUUAUAUUAAUAUUUUUGAAUAAAACUGAAAUUAUG